GCGCUAUCACGGCACAGUGACAAAUAUGGCGGCCGCCGCCGGAUCAGGCGUUGUUGUUCCUCGCAGCUUUCGGCUGCUGGAGGAGCUGGAAGAAGGUCAGAAAGGUGGUGGAGACGGUACGGUGAGCUGGGGCCUUGCUGAUGAUGACGACAUGAUGCUAACUCACUGGAACGGCAUGAUUAUCGGCCCUGCUAAGACUGUUUAUGAAGGCAGAAUAUACAGUCUGAAAGUAGACUGCGGUCACAGAUACCCAGAGUACCCGCCAAUGGUCCGCUUUGUUAACAAAAUCAACUUGACUGGUGUUAACAGUUCAACUGGUGCGGUGGACCUAAAGUCUGUGUCGGCGCUGUCCCGGUGGAAGAACUCCUACAACAUCAAGAUGGUGCUGCAGGAGCUCAGGCAGCACAUGAUGAUGAAAGAGAACAGCAGGCUCUCCCAGCCGCCUGAGGGCCAGGUCUACAGCAACUGAAGCUGCUGCUACUGUCAACACUCUCACUCACACACAAAUACAGAUAUAUAUAUGCACACACUCUCUCUCUGAAGGUGUUCAACCAUCAUGUUAUCCAAGACUGUCAGCCCCAACUUCUUCCUUUCAGAGCCUUCCGUUGCCCGGAGGACCCAGCCGCCUCACCCGCUGCCCAGCCGUCUGUCAUGCUGGCCAGCGGUAUAAAAAUAAAAGAAACAAAAGUCUUAGUCAGCUUUUAUUUUUUUCCUCUUUGCAUCCAGAUCGCUACCUAUCAAAUGGUCUGGCGGAAUGUAUCGGCGUAUUCUGGGAUCAUGUGAGGCUGUUGACAUUUUGUGCAUGACGAACCACAAUCUGCUGCAAAUGAUCCCCAGCAAAAACGGAAAAAAAAAAAAAAAAAAACCCCAGAC